AAAAAAAAUAGAGAGAAAGAGAGAGAGAGAAAGAGAGAAAGAAAGAAAAAACACUUUGUUUAGAGAGAGAAAUUGACAACCCAUACCCAUCUUUAUUUGCUUGCCUCCUCAUCUUCUACCAGCUCUUUCAUAUCUUCCUUUUGAUCUCUCAUUCUCUCUCACACAAAUCCAUAAAUAUCCUCUCUCUCUCUCUCUCUCUCUCUGGGGUAGUUGGCUUUGAUUUUUCAUCUAUCCUAAUCCAACAUAUAAACUCUUGGGUUUUCUUAGUUGACCCUUUUUUUUUUCUUUUUUUUUUUCUUCUUCCUUCUCUUUCAAAAAGUUCCAACCUUUUUUCUCUAAAUUCUCUAAAAACUUUGGCUUUUUUUAUAUUCUUUGUUCUCCUACAUACCCUUCUUCUCUCUUUCUGUGUAAAGUUUUCAAUUUCAUCCCUUCCUCUCAAUUUAACUUAUCAAUAAAAUCUUGGGUUUUCUUUGUAGACCCUUUGUUCUCUUUCUUCUUCCUGUAUCUAUAAAGCUGGGUUUUUUGGUUGAUUUGUUUCAAUUUCUCAAAUACCCAUUUCUUCUUUGACCUCCUUCUGUCUGAUUUUUUUGGAAAUUGAUCAGCUUUUUCAUUCCUCACCCACUUUCUAAAAAAAGUUCAAGUUGGUAGCUACCCUUUUCAUCUCUAGCCUUGUUGAAGCAGGAGGAGAUGAUGAUGAUGACAAUGGAGGGAAUGAUGGAUAAGGGUGUGUUGGAUGAUAUAAUAAGGAGGCUAUUGGAAGGGAAAGGAGGGAAACAGGUGCAGCUAUCUGAGGGGGAGAUCCGUCAACUCUGUGUCAACGCCAGGCAAAUCUUCCUCUCACAGCCUAAUCUUCUCGAGAUUCAUGCCCCGGUUCGCAUAUGCGGUGACAUACAUGGGCAAUACCUAGACCUACUAAGGCUUUUUGAAUAUGGUGGCUACCCUCCUACUGCAAAUUACCUCUUUCUUGGGGAUUAUGUUGAUAGAGGCAAGCAAAGUUUGGAGACAAUAUGUUUGCUCCUGGCAUACAAAAUAAGACAUCCUGACAGAGUCUACAUGUUGAGAGGAAACCAUGAAGAUGCAAAGAUCAAUCGGAUUUAUGGGUUUUAUGACGAGUGUAAACGGAGGUUUAAUGUUAGGCUAUGGAAAAUAUUUACCGACUGCUUCAACUGUUUGCCUGUGGCUGCACUCAUUGAUGACAAGAUACUUUGUAUGCACGGGGGACUGUCUCCAGAGUUGCAAAAUUUGGAUCAAAUAAAGCAGAUUUCAAGGCCUACUGAUGUACCAGAUAGUGGUCUCCUCUGUGAUCUGCUAUGGUCUGAUCCUGAUCCAAAUGUUGAGGGAUGGGCAGAGAGUGAUCGAGGUGUUUCAUGUACCUUUGGACCUGAUAAGGUUGCUGAGUUCUUGGACAAGAACGACCUUGAUCUCAUUUGCAGAGGUCAUCAGGUGGUGGAGGAUGGAUAUGAGUUUUUUGCUAAACGAAGAUUGGUCACAAUAUUUUCAGCUCCAAACUAUGGUGGAGAGUUUGAUAAUGCAGGUGCUCUAUUGAGUGUUGAUGAAUCUUUAGUGUGUUCUUUUGAGAUAUUGAAACCAAGGGAUGCUAGAGCAUCAGCAAGUGGGUCUAGUACAAUGGUGAAACUUAAAAAGCCACCUAAAAUUGGAACCAUCUGAUUAUUCGGAGAUUUCUUCUGUUCAAAUAGGAGGCACAGCAAGUGAUAAAGCAAGCUCACUUCGUGUUAGGGUUUGAAUUAUGUGUUAGUAGACAGGUUUGGCGAAGAAGAAGCAUUGCCGUUGUUAUAUUCGAUCUUGCUGAUAAUAUGAUUACACAGGAGAUUUUAAAAGAAUUGUAAAUUGACGACCAGACUCUCUUCUGUGCAGAAGCAUAGAUUUUUGCUUUAAAACACCUUUUCAUCACUGUAUUUGCAUGUGAGUGUGCAAUUUGGGAGUAUUGAUUAAGAAUCGCCUGCCUUGGUUUUUGUUGCACACGUUUGUACAUCUAGAACCAUUUGUGGUUUGUUCAAUUGUUCAAGAGGCUCCUUAUUGGUCAAAAACCUGUUAAAAUAGUUAAAUUACAUGUAUGAAUUCCAAUUGAACUUUUGACUUGGA